AUGCCUCCUCCAACACCAUCUUCUACCGAAACCAUCCACAUCCCAACUUUUGGAGAUGUAAAGGGUCUUGUAUACCCCAGUGGAGCUCGUCAAUUCCGUGGCAUUCCUUAUGCCACACUCAAGAAACGAUGGACUCGGUCUGUCUUGAACACGUCUUUGCCGAAUGGUUUACAUGACGGUACUCAACAUGGCCCAAUAUGCCCACAACCACCUGAAUAUACCUGGGGCAGCGAGUUGGUUCCUGUGCCGCCCAUCCCGUAUUUCAAGGAGGACGUUGAAGAUGAGCUGAACUGCCUCAACCUCAACAUCGUCCUCCCGCACGCCUCGCACACCAAGAAUCUUCCCGUCAUGGUUUGGAUCCACGGAGGCUCCCUGCUCUUCGGCUCCUCCACAAACCCGUGCUACGACAUGGUGAAGCUGGUCGACUACUCGGCCUCAAUUGGUUCUCCUAUCAUCGGCGUCACUAUCAACUACCGCGUCGGCCUCUUCGGCUUCCUCGCCUCCGAAGCCAUCGGCAGCGAUCUCAAGGCAGACGGCCUCGAGGGCGUCGGCAACUUCGGCCUCACAGACCAGCAGACGGCGCUGCAAUGGGUACACCGCUACAUCGCCAACGUCGGCGGCGAUCCCGAGAACGUCACGAUCUUCGGGGAAAGCGCGGGCGGCAUGAGCGUCGCCCACCAGAUAUGGGCACGCGAGCCGGCGCCGUUCGCCCGCGCUAUCAGCAUGUCAGGCACGAUCAACACGAUUCCGGUCUGGUCGCUCGAGGAGCACGAGAGGCGAUUCCGGGGCCUGCUGAGACAUCUCAAAAUCGAGAGUACGGGCAGUGCUGCACUGGCUUCGCUGCGGGACGCGCCGCAGAAGGCGAUCGCCGCAGCGACCUGCGAGAUCGAGGGCUCAAUGGGAGCGACCGGGAAUCCGUGCGCAGAUGGCUGGUAUCACGCACAGCGCCCAACGAUGAGUGACCGGGGGAUAAUCUCGCCGCCGGAGUGGCUACAAGGGUACAUGAUUGGUGAUGUCAAGGACGAGGCGGCAAUGUUCCGUGGCUCCUUGCACGAUCAGGACUACGCAUCCAUCCUGGGUCACUUCAGUGGGUUUUUGGGAGAGAAACAUGCCGCGGAUGUGCUGCAGAGGUACGGCAUAUCAGACGAUUUAUCCCACGAGGAGCUCGACCUACGCUUCGAGAAGAUGGCGACAGAAGGGCUAUUCUGGUUGCACACCUACCUGCACGCACAUGCGUCGAAGGUAGAGAGAACGUAUGCAUACCAUUUUGACCAGCUUUCUCAGCUAGAGACUUCGUUCAAAGGACUGGCUCACCAUGCGGUUGAGCUGGUGUUUGUGUUUCAAACGCUGGAAGAGAAGAUGACAGAUGAGGAGAUGAACCUGUCGAGAAAGCUGGGCGCAGAUUUCAUCCACUUUGCUCAUGGCAAGGACCCGUGGGAGAGAUUCGGGCAGGGGAAUUGGAUGGUGUACGGUCCAGAUGACAAGUGGGCGGUCAAAACGGAAGAAGAGGACGAGGCCGUGAGAAAUUACGCACGCAUGACGGGCGUCCUGAAGGACGGCUUGUUCCCAAAGUGGGCUGAGGCGAUGGACUACGUGAUUAACAGAAGAUGGUUCCUGGGCGCCGUCCUGCCCAGUAAGGAUGCAUAG